CCGAUCGUCAGAGGGAAAACACUGCACCAUGCCAUGAUUGUUCUUUAUCGACCGCGUUGAGAUUCUCAUCGCCCUAGCCCUUUUCUUAACCAUCUCUAUCCCUUGUCUCAGACUACGGAGUACACUGGUUUUGGGGGCAUUAAAGUUGCUUGUGAAUAAUAAGCAAGCAGUCGCUGGGGUCAUCCCGACCAAUCACCAUGGCUCCAUCACCCAAAUUCGCCCAUCCAGCUGAUUAUCCCAGUCUCUCCGAGCAAGAGAUCAUCAUUGUUAAAAAAGUCUAUGACUUCACUGAAGAUUUCUUCUCUAAUCCUCAAUUCGACGCGUCCCAUGACUUCAAUCACAUCAAACGCGUUGUGGCCAAUUCUCUGACCAUUCUCGACAAGGAGGAGGAGCUACAGAAACGAUCGUGUCUGCCCGCGCUGAAUCCUCUAAGCGUCAUCUUGGGAGCUUUGCUCCAUGAUGUCGAGGAUGAGAAGUAUCGAAGCGCCGACGACACCACAUCACCCACCAAGCAGAUUCUAAACAAGGUCGGUCUCACAGAUGACUACGCAGACCUGAUGCUGCAGCUCGUCCAUGGCGUCUCAUACUCAUCAGAAGUCAAAGACCCAGAAAAGGUCAUUCGAGCCAUCCAACUCAUUCCAGAACUCGCCAUCGUUCAGGACGCUGAUCGUUUAGAUGCCAUUGGCGCCAUUGGCAUUGGCCGAUGUUUCACCUUUAGCGGUGCCAAAAAGAUACCCGACAUGCAAGAUUCCAUUGCCCAUUUUGAAGACAAAUUAAUCAAGCUGCGAGAUAUGAUGAAGACCGAAACCGGUAGACUUCUUGCUGAAGAGCGUACCGAUCGAAUUCUGGAAUUCAUGUCCUGGUGGCAGGAUGAGACGGCAGCCACCACCGCGUGAGGUGACAAAGGCAACACCGUGCAGGAAUUGGUACAAGUGUUGUGAAUAGGUGCUUUGGUUAGCGACCAUGCUUGGAGUCACAAAUCUCAACUCUCUUCGGCUUCUCCAGGCUCCCCCAGAUCCUCGCCUGCUUGUGCAAGUGGAUCCGACUUUUCCUGGGUGCCCGACUGCGGUGUCACACCUGCUGAACCGGUCUUGGGCGGUGGAGGUAAAGGUGAUCCCUUUCUGGACGAAGGAUGGUCUUGCUCGGCACUUUUCUUUGCUCCUUCGGCAAAAAUAUCAUCAAAUCCGCUGUUGGGAGACAAACCACCAUGAUGUCGGGAUUUACGACCGCCCUUGGGUGGGGGAGCUGUGGCAGGUGUCGCAUUGGGAUUUAUCAUCGGUGGAGGAGCAAUGUUGGGGUUCAACAUUGGUGGUGGUUGUAGACUUUGUGUAGGCGCGGGGGAGAAAGCAUUCGUACUGGCUCCCUGGUCGGUUUCGAAGCCCUUGUUGUCGGCAUCGAAAAGAUUCUCUCCUGGACCUUGUACCUCUUCACCGAGACCGACAGGGAGUCGAUGAAGAGCACCAAAUCCCAGCACAGCUCCUAGUGCUCCUUCACCUCCCCAACCUCUUCUCGGAAUCAAUUCCAC